AUGUCUGCUCCAGAAUCAGAACACCCAACUUUCUCCAGUCUGCCGCUCGACAAAGCCGGACCUCACGGAAAUGCCUGGGGUCGCUGGGGUCGCUGGGGUCCCGACGAUCAAAUCGGAACAUUGAAUCAUCUUACCCCAGAAGUGGUGGCUCAGACGGCACGGGAGGAAAUCCGGACGGGACAACGCGUGUCGCUCAAAUAUAGCCCGUCGCAUCCCAAACUUGGUAGGAAAUGCUUAGAUGUGAAAUUGAUCAACAAGGAACCUGUUAAGGUGGCGCAUGAUGAUGAGUGGUCGUUUAAUUCCCAGAUCAGCUCGCAGUGGGACGGGUUCCGACAUUAUGGAUACCAGAAAGAAAAGGUCUAUUUUAUGGGCCACACAGCAGAGGAAUUCCAGGCCUCGACCGUCAACGGCAUCCACCGUGCGUAUGAUCCUACAACUUUCAAGGCCCAAGAAAACAAAUCAACUAAACAAUACAAAUGGGCCACCUCCCAACCCGAGAUGAAAAACAUCAUUGGUGCAUUCACUCCCCACGCCAUUUCCUUCUCCUAUCUCCUGAAGGCCGCUGCAUCACAGGGUCUGAAGCCGGAGGAUUUCCGUCCAGGAGACAUCCUCUUCAACGGUAGUGGCUACAUUCAUCAAUACGAGACCCUUGCGGCCGAAAAGCGAGACACGCUAGCCGCGCGCUAUCAGACGCAAAAGCCCGAAAAUAUCGGCGUCGAGCCAUCAGAGCCGUUGCUGCAGUUUCUCUGGGAGAAGAGGACAGCCGCGGUCGCUGGGGACUCGAGAUCUUUUGAGGUGUGGCCGUGUACGAGGCCCGAGUGGCAUUUGCAUGAGUGGUUGCUGGCUGGGUGGGGGAUGCCGAUUGGUGAGUUGUUUGAUCUCGAGGAGUUGAGUCGCAUGUGUGCGCGGAUGGGGAGGAAUACAUUUUUUGUUUCGAGUGAGGUGUUGGAUGUUCCUGGUGGUGUGGCGAGUCCGCCGAAUGCGUUGGCGUUUUUCUAG